UAAGAUCAUGCGUGUUGGUCCCUAUUCCAAUGUCAAACAUCGCAACCAGCCAGCCACUCUCGUCUUCUUUGCGGACCCAUUCCCACCUCACCGUCAAUUAAUCUAAACCCUAAUCUCUUCCAUUCCAACCUGUAUAUAUAUAUAUAUAUAUAUCCAAGACUUUGAAACCCUCUCCACCCCAAAACGCCCCCACAGCUCUGUACUUCUCUACCCAUUCUAACCCUACUACUAUUCUUCUUCAUUGAUAUCACUAUGGAAUCCAUUGCAAAUAACAAGCGAUCUCGAGAAGUAGUGGACUUACCUGAAGAUGAGUUGCUUCACGACGCCAAGCGCAUCCGUGAAGAGCUGAUCAUCAACAUCUUUGAAGACGAUGAUGACGCUGGUGAUCGGGAUCACACGACGCAGGAUCUUGACACUGUCAUCAAGAGUCUUCAGGAAGAGAUCACACCUGUCCCUUCGCCGCAAUCCCAACGAUCUGAUUCCACAGCCUGACUUAGGCUAUCUCUUGGAGGCCUCCGAUGAUGAGCUAGGCCUCCCUCCGGCGGCGCCAUCCCCGUCGGAGGAGUGCUGCGGCGGCAGCGAGGAUGAAAACGCGGGUUUCGCGCCGAUUUGGGGCUACGAAGACGAGGCUUUUGAUUUGGGGUUCGUGGCGAUCGAUGAGCCUUUCGGUUUCAACGACGCGCUUUGUGAGCCGUUCGAUCUGUUCGGUGGCGAUUACCCUGAUCUUGUUUUCUAAUUAUUUUUUUUUUAUAUAUAAUUUUUUUUAACUUACUGGAUUUUGUAAAAUUCAUUACGAUAUAUACAUUAUACACCUCACAAUUUACUAAAAUUAGUCUUUUUUUUUUAUAAUGUAAUUAUAAAAUCUUUUAAAUGUAAUAAUAAUAUCAUUUAUGGAGAGCGUUACAUGCCAAAUGAAGCUAACUUGUGCCUCAAGUAACUACACCCACGCUAUUUGUUCACUUAAAAUUAAA